AUGUCACGCUGCGUGACAUCUGCCAGUGGCCGCGCCAUCGCCAUUGUGGGCAUAUCCGGCGAACACACGCGCGUGGUGCUGCGAAGCACGAAACCAUGUGCUGCUACAAUCUCAAUAUCUCCCUCCUCCUUCGCGUCCUUCCCCUCUCCUCUUCCCCCUCCCCGCCCCCCCACUCGUCCACGUCGCACGCGGUCGCCGCUCAGGUAUUUGGUUUGGUCAGUCUCCUCUUUCCUCCAAUCCCCAGUCUCCUCACUCACAGCCUCCAUCCCCGCGUCCCUUUUCAAUCCCCGCUCUUCCUCAGCUUUACCUUUUGCUGCCACCUGCCUGCUAUCGGUCUCCCCAGGUCUCUUCGACGUUGCAGGCCGUCGUCCCGCCCGCCUGCAGCCCACCGGACUCUCCCGUCGCCCGUAUUUAGAGAAGACGCACUGCUCCCCACCUGCAUGUUCCUCGCACGAGCAUCAUAGUGUCCAAGUCGGUCUCCCCAUCUCGCCCAUUCUCUUCUUCUUGAGAACGGAGUUUCAGCUUCCGCCGUUGUCUGUCACCUCGUCAAAGCGCACGCCCUUGGUCCGCAGGGAAACCAGUGAUGACUUCCAGAAUGGGUCUCUGAGCCAUAAGCGUGCUGUGUACGUUAACGACAAAUCCGCAUCCCCCACUUCCCUUCAUGUCGUCCCGCUUCCCAUCUCCACCACCUUUUCCUCUACUUCGUCUCCCUCUUCGACUGCUCCGUCCACUCCGUUCCUAGUAUCCAAGCAAAUCCCUCGUUCUCCUCGUUCUCCUCUGGCUUCUUCGCCUAGGGAGUUACCCAGUCCGAUCCCUCGCUCUCCUCACCCGUUCAAGUCCAGCCUGUCUCCCAGCCUGCCUUGUGUCGACGACAAGUCGAGCAAGUCAUCAUCCAUUGCGUCCGUCGCUAUGGAUGUUCUUGCACAAGGGGAUCUUGUUGGUGAGGGUCUUACCCUGCAAGGCGAGAUGAUUAUUCGGGUUCCCAUUAGCUCAUCGGAGCCGCGGGUCGACGAUGAUGAACCGGCGAAAGAGUUCGAGGUUGUUCGUAGGCUCGGCACUGGAAGUUACGCGGUUGUGUACCUUGUGCGUGAGGUACUGUCUCGCACGGCCUCUCCUUCAUCGGAUGAUGGUCAUGGUGCCGCAGUCGCUGGGCGUAUGGAACUCGAUGAUAGUUACUUCGGCCACAGAUCCCCGGUAUAUGGUCGCGAAUAUGCUGUCAAGCUGUUAUCUAAAGCUAACCUUGAUGAGGAUGCUCUAUCGGCCCAGUUGUUCGAGGCUACAAUCCACCAGUCGCUUCCCGCUCACCCCAACAUCGUUACUCUCCACCGCACGCUCGAGACUCCCUCGUUUUUACUUCUUCUCCUCGAGUUUGUUCCCGGUGAAGAUUUGUUUUACUUCUUGGAACAGGAUAGAGAUCACUACGAUGUCGAUCCUGCACUGUCAGAAGAAUUUUCCACGACUCCGCCCUCAGAGUCGAGCUGCAGCUCGAGAACACCAUCGACGCCGAGCCUUCUUGCGUCACUAGCACCUUCCCAGCUGCUCUCUCGCACUCGCCUUCGUCUUAUCUCUUCGAUGUUCUUGCAGAUGUGCGAGGCGGUUGCCACGUGCCACGACCAUUCCAUUUUCCACCGUGACAUCAAGCCAGAAAAUUUCAUUGUGACAGAUGGAUGGUCCACUUUGUCAGAUGGACGACGCGAGCGGAAGGUGGUUGUCAAACUCACCGAUUUUGGAUUAUCUACCACCGAUACGGAUUCAGCCGACAUGGAUUGCGGCAGCGCUCCUUACAUGAGUUUCGAAUGCCGAAAUAAUCUACACCCUACUUAUUCUCCUCGUGCUGCCGAUGUCUGGUCACUUGGUAUCGUGCUUAUCAAUAUGUUGUAUCAUUAUAACCCUUGGACCGAUGCAUCACAAGGCGUUUGCACGUCCUUCGAUGCGUAUUGUCACCAACCCGUCAACUUCUUCAUGACACGCUUUACUGGAAUGACACUUCCCGUUGCUGAGUUCCUGGCGAAGAACGUCUUCUGUAUCCUCGAUAAUCAUAAGGACGACUCACAGCGUAUUGGCGCCCGCGCCUUCGGUGCAUGGAUCAAGGACCUCCCUACACUCCUUGGGGGUCCGUCAGUCGCUCGCCAUACACGCACUGUCUCCAUUUCUUCCGUUCAAGGCCAUCAUCUUGCCUCUAUUCCUCAUUCUCGCCGUCCAUCUCUUCGGUGUGUCACCCCUAACGACAUUGCCGUCUCUCAGCGCGCGUCACGGUCCAUGUCCCGCGCACCCUCUCUCGGCCCUGCCUACGAGGUUGAGGCGGAAGUUUCCAUGUUAUCCACCGUCACUGACUAUGAGAACGAGGAACAGGAACAGGAUGGAGAGAUUGAUCAGGAGCCUGGGUCUCGUUCUGCUUCCACCCACAGGCGUCGCAAACGUGGUACGAGAAAAGGCAAGGGCAACCAUCCUUCUUCCCCCCCCUCUUCGGUUCAGGAUGGUACCUUGGCGACAUUGGCUGAAGCCUCGCAGGCGCUGGCACGGGAGAUCAGCCGCACUUCCCGCAAUUCGCAACACUUUUCGACUGGUUUGCAGACUCCGAUCGACAAACCAUCUCCUGUCAUUCCAUAUGUUCCUGUCCCCACGCUUUCCCCCACGCCGGCUUAUGCAUCCGCAGCUGCCUCUACUUCUACUGCUUCCGUUGUCGCUCCGCCAACUAUCACCAAGAAGUCGUCAAAAUGGAAACUCAGUUUCGGAAAGGGCAGCAACGGCAGCAAGGUGUCUCCUGUUGAAGAGUCGCCGUCAGAAUUGGGCUCUGGUAACAGUUAUGUCAAACCUAUGUCGUCCACGGCAAGCAAUGUCACAAGCUUGCUGAUGAGCCUGAACGCGCCGCCCGCGGCUUCUACGUCGCAAGCUGAACUUGAUACUAUGGGCUCAUGGACUAACCGCGGUCGGCGUCCCCAGCCUUCACUCUACGGCGCAAGCAACAACGGUAGCAGUACGUGGGGGCCAAAUGGUUCGACGUCUGCGUUCUCGACGAACAGCAACCUCAGCGAGCGUCGGGGCCCGCAUGGCUCGCAGCGUGCUGUUUCGCCAGUAAGCAAGCGUGGUGUGUCUCCUUCCAGCAAGCGCGGCAUAUCUCCCACGAGCACUCGUAGCGGGCGUCCCCUUGCAUCUAGCGCAAGCUCCAUCGCCUCAUCGAACUGGCGGAGCUCGAUGUCGAGUGCGGGCACAUCUACUUCGGCCUUCACGAGGUACAGCAACGGGAGUUCGCGGAGCGUGUCUACGGCCGCAACAAGUCUUUCUUCGGGCAGUUGGCGCAGUAAUGGGACGAACACGUCAACUAUGUCGAAGAAGUAUCCUGUCGAGCACAGACCCGCUGGGAUGCCAGCCAACGUCAAGUUCAUGGCGGGCACACCCUGGGAGCUUUCGCAAAUGCCUCGUCCGCUAAAUCAUGAUCCAGAUAACUACCUGUACGGCGCCCCGCCCACUCGCAAACGGCGUGGGGCGAAGGCGAAGGACUCGACUCUCGACACCAUCAGCGAACGGCCUCAGCAGAAAUCUGUUGCGCAGAGGAUGGACGCUGCCACCAGUACCACGGACCUUUCUCGCAUCCAACGCGAUGGGGAUAGCAACGAAGUUGAUCAUGAUACUUCUCCGCGGAAAGUUCAGAAGGGACAGAUCAAUGCCCUGGCGAAGAUGUUGUCGGCUCUGAGACGUUGA